GCAUUGAUGUUAUAUUAAAGGCGUCAUGUCAUCCAGCAUUGCUCAAAAUCUUCGAGCACCAGCACUCGUUCUGCUGUUUCUUGUUCUCAUAGACGUGAAAUCAAUUGCUCAUGCAGAUAAGAGUUUUGAAGAUGUGCGUUGCAAGUGCAUCUGUCCACCUUACAGAAACAUCAGUGGGCAUAUCUACAAAAGAAACGUGACCCAGAAAGACUGUAACUGUCUGCAUGUGGUGGAGCCCAUGCCAGUGCCUGGCCAUGAUGUGGAGGCCUACUGUCUGCUCUGUGAGUGCAAGUAUGAAGAACGAAGCAGCAACACCAUCAAGGUGACCAUUAUCAUCUACUUGUCAGUGGUUGGAGCUCUUCUGCUGUACAUGCUGUUCCUGCUUCUAGUUGAUCCUCUGAUCCGCAAACAUGAUCAGUACACCAUUCCACUGCACAACGAGGAGGAUUCUGAGGACGUGAGGCCGCAUGUGGAUGGCCGUGGGAACACGGUGCUGGAGAGGGUAGAGGGAGCUCAGCAGCGCUGGAAGAAACAGGUCCAGGAGCAGCGAAAGACUGUGUUUGAUCGCCACAAGCUGCUCAGCUAAGCCCUCAGACUCCAGCUGGGGAAAAGGACAAAAUGGGCACCACUGACUGAGACAACAUUUGCAUGUUUGUCUUACAAUUUCAGCUUUUAUGGCAAUGUAUUUUCAGUUGGCCUGAUGCUUGUGUAUUAUUAUUA